AUGUCAAAUCUUACAAAGCUUGAAUUUAUGGCCUUGGACAUCACUGGAAAGAACUAUUUAUCGUGGGUACUAGAUGUUGAAAUUCACUUGGAUGCAAAAGGUCUUGGUGAGACCAUUAAGAAAGGAAAUAAAGCAACAACUCAAGAUAAGUCUAAAGACAUGAUAUUCCUUCACCAUCAGCUUUAUGAAGGUCUUAAGACUAAAUACUUGACUGUUAAAGACCUUCAAAUCCUUUGGAUCAAUCUAAAGGAAAUAAUCACUUCACAAUUGAAUUUAUGUGGAGAGAAAAUUGCUGAUGCAGAAAUGCUAGAAAAAACACACUCCACUUUCUAUGCAAAUAAUAUUAUCCCACAGACACAAUAUCGUGAGAAGGGAUUCAAGAAAUAUUCUGAAUUAAUUUCUUGUCUUCUAGUGGCUGAGCAAAACAACGAACUACUAACGAAAAAUCAUGAAUUACACCCAACUAGUUCUGCUUCAUUUCCUGAAGCGAAUGUGACAACUAAAAAUGGACAAGAAUUGAAAGAAACAAACCAUGGCAAUGACAAUGGUAAUGGAAGCGGCUGUGGUCAUGGUUGUGGUUAUAGUCACGGAUGUGGUCGUGGAUAUAGAUAUGGUCAAGGUGGUCAUUUUAGAAACUCAUAUUCCCACUGGAAGUGGGAUAGUAAAAAUGAAAGCAAGUAUGAGAAAGAAAAGGAAAACAAUGUGACCAAUAAAUGUUAUCGUUGUGGAGGAAAAGGUCAUUGGUCACGUCUAUGUCGUACUCAAAAGCACCUAGUUGAUCUUUAUUAG